UUAUUGGGAAGAACAGCUUUUAGCAGACCUGUGGUUUGUAACCUCCCUUCCUUAAUAAGGUAGCUGACGUCAGAGCAACGGGGCGGUGUGUGUGUGCGCGUGUGUGGUAGAGAGAGAGAGAAAAAGAAAGAGAGUAUAGGAGUGAUGGGUGUUCCUAGUGCGCAUGUGCAGACAGUGAUCUGUGCUGCGGUGGAAGAGGGGCUGGAGACACACAACUAGAGAUGGCGCGGCACCCGACCAGAGCGCGAGGACAGCUGGUUGGCGGUGGGGGGGCUUGAGUCAUAAAGAGAGUACCGAAAAUAAAAAAAAUAAAUAAAAAAAAAACAAGAAAAAAAUUACAAGAACAAGCGGGAUCCGGGAAAAGGAGUUUCCAUUCUGCAAAACAACGUCAGAGAAGAGCAAAAAAGUCAAAAGAAUAAGAGAGGAGGCUGCAGCUGCCAAAAGAAAAGAGCAACAAAAGAAAAUAGAACUUUACUGAACGUGAGGACUUCUGGACAUCAGCUACCUGAGGUAGGUCAGAUAGAUGGUUGGUCCACAGCGCUACCCGGAUCAUGAACGCACAGCUGUCGAUGGAGAAUAUUGGCGACCUGCACGGAGUCAGCCAUGAGUCAGUGUCCGGUCACGGAGAGCUGCUGAGCGGCCACAGUCCACAUUCCCGUCCGGGGCACCGGGCUCUGAGCCACCGCGCUAUGGGCAUGGCGACCCUGCUGGACAGCGGAGACUAUCACCACGGACACCUGCACCCAGCCAUUAGCAUGUGCGAAGCCCCCCCUGGCAUGAGUGCAAGCAGCACCUACACCACCCUAACCCCCCUGCAGCCCUUACCCCCCAUCUCAACCGUGUCCGACAAGUUUCCUCCCCAUCAUCACCACCACCACCACCACCAUCAUCCCCAUCAUCCUCACCAUCACCCCCACCAAAGGAUCCCCGGAAACGUCAGCGGCAGCUUUACGUUGAUGCGCGAGGACCGGAGUUUGGCACCCAUGAACAGUCUGUACCCUGCAUAUCAUCACAAGGACCCCUGCAUGGGUCAGAGCCUCUCCCCGCUGUCCGGCUCCGGUCUGGCCAGCAUACACACGACCCAGGCUGGCAUCCCUCCCUACGCCCACCCCGGUGCCGCCAUGCCUGGUGAGAAGAUGCUCACUCCCAGUGGGUUCGAGGCGCACCACCCGGCCAUGCUCGGCAGACACACUGAGCAGCACAUGAGCUCCUCGGCGGGCAUGGUACAAAUCAACGGCCUCCAUCACCACCCGCACGCCCACCUCGGCGCGCAGGGGCACGGCCAGGGGCUGGGGAAUAGCCGGGAGCAGGCCUCCGGGCCCGUGCAGCAAGGAGGCGGUGGAGGGGGUGGUGUUUCUGGGGGCCAGAUGGAGGAGGUGAAUACCAAAGAAGUGGCGCAGAGGAUCACCACGGAGCUGAAGCGCUACAGCAUCCCUCAGGCCAUCUUUGCCCAGCGGGUCCUGUGCAGGUCCCAGGGGACCCUGUCCGACCUGCUGAGAAACCCCAAACCCUGGUCCAAGCUCAAGUCUGGUAGAGAGACCUUCCGCCGCAUGUGGAAGUGGCUGCAGGAGCCUGAGUUCCAGCGCAUGAGUGCGCUCAGGCUCGCAGGUGAGCGAAGCCUCGCAUGUAAGCGUAAGGAGCAGGACCACGGCAGGAGUGAUCGGGGGAACAUGAGCAAGAAGCCCCGGCUGGUGUUCACAGAUGUGCAGCGACGGACGCUCCAUGCUAUCUUCAAGGAAAACAAGCGUCCAUCCAAAGAGCUGCAGGUCACCAUCGCCCAACAGCUGGGCCUAGAGCUGGCCACGGUCAGCAACUUCUUUAUGAACGCACGUCGCCGGAGCCUAGAUAAGUGGGUGGAUGACGGUUCCGGUCACUCAGUCAACUCUGGCCAGAAUAUCUGCACCAAAGCCUGAAGAUGGACUGAUCUGACCAACCUCAUGGACUGACUCAACCUCGGUGGAAAAGCUUUAAAACUUUAGAGAAACAAAGAGAAACUUAAGAGAGACCUUGAAGCAACAUUUUGCCCUUAAACCUGUACUAUAUUGAUAUUUAUAGUAUCCAAAGAUGAAAAAACAAACCAAAGACUUCUUUUUUUGACCUGCUUUGAAAUGUUUGUUUCAGCAACACGUUUAUGUGUAACAUACUGCAAAAAGCCUAUAGUUUUACCCUCCCCUUCACACACACAUUCACUGUCACUGGUCUAUAGCUUUAAUAUACCCCACUUUACCUCCCCAGCCAGUAUCAAUCUAUCAUUCACCAUCCUUAUCUUUAAUCUGAUUGGUUGGUUUUAAUGAUGGAGGUUUUAAUCAGCCUGUUGGCAGUCUGGUCUGCAGAUGUCCACACCCUUGAAAAACAGCCAGAAUGUGGAGCUCCGGUGGGAUUGGCCAAUCAACUUUAAAGACAAAGAUAAUCCUACAGGAGCGACUGGAUUGUUGUGUUUGGAUGGGUGGAGUUGGAAUGUCCGUCCAGCUAUCUGUCUCUCUAUCAAGCAUUCCAGACAGACAGGGAGAUGCAUCACGUGUAGACUGCUAACCCCGAGCCAAAAUCACAAACCAAAAAAACCCCUCAUAGUAGUGCUUUCCUCCAACAUGCUGAAGCGUUCAAUGAUUUAAACAAGAGAAACCAAAGCCUUCUACAAACCAAAGCCGGUCAUUCAUCUUAGAUUAAAAACUUAACCAAAGAGUAUAUUUUAUAGUCAACUCCUAAGAAAGACUGUUAGGCACUACAAAGAAGAGGAAGUGUUGCUUAAAGUCCAUAACAACAUACUGAGCCAUGCUUCAAUUUAUGUUCCAAAGAAAUGAAAAUAUUAUCUAUCAGUUUUGGUUUACAUAUGAAGACUCUUAACAAAAUUAAUUUCAUGACACUUUACAUAAAGCUGAGGUCAUUGAUGUUCUUUUUUUUUUUUAUGUUAUUCACAAAGACUCAACGUUAAUCCACAAAUGAGGAACGCAGGAGGUAACCGUGGCAAGAAAAUACUUCUUAUUAACAGGCAGAUACCUCAAGCUGAACCAGAUUUAUUAGUAGACAGUCAUCUGCCAAGAAUGGAUUGACACUGGCCUUAUUGAUGCCUUCUUGAAUCAAACUAAUUAUUGCAGUUAUAUAUCUUUAAAAACACUCUUAUUAUAAAGAUUUAUCAUUGCAGGAACAUAAUUUUCCUAUAAGUCUGUUUAGCUAUUGUCCACAGAUUUGCCUCAGGUAAAUGUGUGCAAAUACCAGCAGCUUGAAAAACAACAACAAAUCCAUUUAGCCGUGUGUUUUCUCUGCAAAGGUGAAAACAAAAGGUGGCUCUGAAAUUGUGUUUCCUUGACACUGUGAGGGAGACAGACGGCCUCUGUGUCAACGCUCUAAUAAUAAGUAUUCAGCAUCAGUGAGUCGAGCCUGUGUGCUUCAUCCUUUUUUUGAUUUUAUCCUCCUCGUCAGAGAUGUUGGGCCGAGGGGAUGAUAUCAAUGAUCAAAUCACUUUCAGGCACUUACACAGCAAUGUCAGCUCCUCACCUGAAUACAAAAACACCCCAUCCUGCUUGUCUUCAAUCUCCAACCCCCCUUUACUCUUACGGCUGUCCGAGUGAGCUAUGCAUUUCAGCACUAAGAGGAAAGCACUACACGGGGCGGGCCCAGGGCAGUCUAUCAUUAAAUAUAUGGGGCUUGCCCCCCUUGCCUUCAUCUUCCUCAUGGCCCGGGUUAGCAGCUCUACAUUCAUCAACAAGCGCUGAAGGAGAGGCGCGCACGAGAGAGAGAGAGAGAGAGAGAGCCUCCUCAUCUCUGAAAGGAAAACCUGAAAGACGACAAAGAGACAAAAAAUGUGUCAAGACCUGCUGAUGUUUUAUAGUGUGAACCAAAGAUGCUACCUCACUCAAGUUCCAUACGUGAUUUCUAUCACUUUGAUGAUACCAAAGAUAACCAAAGAUUUUUUCUUCUCAUUGCACGGCCUCUAUGAGUGGUGUUUGAAGAUGUUGUGUGUCUCCCCUCCCCCCUCCCGUCUACUCUUUCUUUUCCUUUCUUCUCCUGCCCCCCCCCCCCCCCCCCCUCCC